UAGCCCUGGCUGCCUUUCGUACGAGAACGCACAGACAGUGGAGGGCAGGGCCUGUCGUGCGAGAGGAAGACCCACACUUUCUCUCUCCGUCGUCGGUUUUCUUCUGGCCACGGCUCCUCAGCCGAGGCUGUCGGAGGGGAUUGGACCGGACUUCACCUCUUUCUGCCAACACCACCCCCACCAUCACCAUCACCGGCCAACCAUGUCAUCAACUGCCACGCUGCCCACGGGCUCUGCGCCCACCAAAUUGGCAAGCAGCCCACCGUUUCGUCACGAGCACGUCGGCUCCUUCCUCCGCCCUCGACGGGUCCACGAGGCUCGUGCUCAAUUUGGGGAGGGCAAGCUCGACGCUGCUGCCCUGCGCGCCGUCGAAGACGAAGAGAUCGCAAAGCACAUCAAGGACUGCCUUCACUGGAAGGUCCGCGAUCUGUCCGACGGCGAGUUCCGCCGGCAGUACUUUCACAUCGACUUUCUCAAGCAUCUCGAGGGUGUAGAUAUCCAAAAGAACACGCUCGAGCAGCAGCAGGGCAAUGUGCCGCCCACGUUGGCCGUCACGUCCAAGCUCCGGCACUCGAAGCCGAUUGAGGUCGACAACUUCAACUAUCUCAAGUCCAUCGUUCCGGCCGACCAGCACCAUGCAAUCAAGAUCACCAUUCCUUCGCCCACCAUGCUUCAUUUCCGAGGAGGUCGCAAGGCCAUUUCCGAGCAGGCCUAUCCCAAUCUCGAUGACUUCUUCGCCGACCUAGCGCAAUGCUACGUGCAGGAGGUCAACGCGCUCUACGCCGCUGGCUGUCGAUACCUACAGCUCGACGAUACAAACCUCGCCUACCUGACUGACCCAAAGAUGCGGUCCGACGCCGAGGCCCGCGGCGAAGAUCUGGCCAAGCUGCCACAGCAGUAUGUGCGCCUCAUCAAUGCGGCCAUCAGCAGCGCGCCAAAGGACAUGACGCUGGCCAUCCAUCUCUGCAAGGGCAACUUCAAGUCGCAAUACUUUGCUAUGGGCUCCUCUGAGGGCUACGAGCCCAUCGCGUCGGCCCUAUUUGGCGAACUCAACGUCGAUGCCUAUUUCCUCGAGUGGGAGAACCCAGAGCGGUCGGGUCAGGACUUCUCGGCGCUACGCCACCUGCCAGAGACAAAGACGGUGGUCUUGGGCCUCGUCUCGUCCAAGACGCCUCAGCUCGAGGACGAGGAAAAGCUUGUCGAGAGGAUACAGGAGGCGAGCAAGGUUGUUCCCAAAGGCAAAGACCAGCUUGCCAUCUCUCCUCAAUGUGGCUUCAGCUCGACUGUCCACGGCAACGAUCUAACCGCCGAGGAGCAGUUCAAGAAGCUUGACUUGUGCCGACGGGUCGCUGCGAAGGUCUGGGGAGAGAACAAUGUGUAAAAGAGGCCACAGAUUGCGUGGUCGGUCUAGUCGUGACCUGCGAUGGUCCACAUCCCACGCUACCAUCAAGUUCGGCUAGAUCAUUGACAACAAAUCAUCUAAAAAGUAUUAUUUCUUCGACCAGGAAGAGGAUCUAGCUGAGUCAGGUUGGAAAGGGGUCGACGGUUAGGAGGAUGGGGCCGAAUCAGAGAAGAAUCUGAACUUAAGAUGACAGAAGAGUGUCGUGAACUGAGGAAGCGUACUACCGCGCAGAAAAGGCUUGCGCUUGGUCGAGAGAUUACUGUUGGAGCUCCUCGACGUUGUUGACUCCCUUGUUCAGCG